AUGAUCUACCUAUGUGAGGACGUGUCAGGAGGUCAUGUGAACCCCGCCAUCUCACUAAUGUUCUUCCUGGAUACUCAGAUCUCCUUCAUCAGAAUGAUUUGUUACAUUUUCGUGCAGUUCUGUGGUGGUUUCGCUGCUGCAGGUUUACUGUGGGGAAUUGGUAAUUUUGAGGGUCUUCCAGAUUUCGCACCUCCAACAUUUGAAAAUUUUCCUUUUAUCAAAGUAAUAGUGUUCAUGGUAGCUGGUAGCUGGAUGUUGAUACUGGUCACUCUGGCAGCAAUUGACACUAGAAGAGGUCAUGCUGAUUGUUUCCUUCAACCAUUCGCUAUCGGAAUGAGUGUUCACGUUGCUCUCCUCUUCAUGGGACCAUAUGUCGUGACUGGUCUUAAUCCAGUAGUGAUUUGCUGGUAUAUAGUCUGCGGAGUCUGGACUCACCAUCUAUGGGCUUUUGGACUUCUUCCGUUUUUGGGGACAGCUACUGCAGUUGCUGUUUACAACGGAAUCCUGCGUCCUUACAAGGCGUGAAGGAUGAGCUACGUGUAAAAAAUUAUUGUAUGGCAUUCUUAUCAGUUUUGUGGUUAUCUACUUAUUACGUUGUGUUUAGAUUGUUUUACAAAAUAAUCGGCUGUAUCUUCGGUAAGGGUGGAUAAUUUUUGAUGCAAAAAAAACUGACUAUCAAAAAUGUAUUUACUAUUAGCUUCUUCCCUGUGACCCUGGGCUUUUAGUACAUAGUAACAUAUAAUACUCAAUUGUUUACCGCCGAGUUCAACAAACGUUAACAUAAUUAUCGAUGAUAUAUUUAAAAUGUUUUAUUAUGCCUAUGGUUUAUUACAAAUUUGAAAAUAUUCUGAAUAUUUCU